AUGACGAUCAAGAGAGGGGCCCGCGUCCCGGACUGGUCGGUGUUCUUACUCGUGGCCCUGUUUGCGUCCGGCUGUUAUCUCAACUCCCUACACGGAGAGUUUGUGCAUGACGAUCUGGUAGCCGUCGUUGGAAAUCCGGACGUAGUGGGGCGAAACCCGCUAGUUGCUCUGUUCCAAAAUGACUUCUGGGGCCGCCCUAUGGCCCAUCCGGCAAGCCACAAGUCCUACCGCCCACUCACCGUGCUCACCUUCAGAUUGAACUGGGGCUUGAGCGGGGGCGUGUUCUCAUUUCACGCCACCAACGUGGCCCUGCACUCACUGGCUGUCGUCCUGCUGCUCUACUUCUGCAGGGAAAUGCUCUCUUGGCGGAGGGAUGCCUCGCUAGUCGCCGCUCUCAUGUUCGCCGCACACCCCGUGCACUCAGAAGCGGUAUCCAACAUAGUGGGCAGAGCGGACGUCUUGUGCUCUGUUUUGUACUUGUCUGCACUCAUAGCUUGUUCCAAGAACUCCUUGGCGUGGCAAGCGACAAGCCUGCUCUGCGCCUCUCUGGCACUCUUUACUAAGGAGCAAGGAAUCACAGUGCUCGGAGUAUGCCUCGUCUACCACUUACUGCUUCUUAUCGAGAAGAACACACUCAGUGCCCAUUCCAUAGUAGACAAUGGUACCUGCGACUGUAAACAAAGAAGAUCCCUUGAAAACGUAUCUAAUUACCACAUUUUGGCGAGAAUACUUACUUCAAUUUGCAUGGCUUGCGCUCUGUGUUACCUUCGUGUGUGCAUCAUCAAUGGUCCCCUCCCUCAGUUCAGUGAGCAUGACAAUCCGGCAGCAUUUGCUGAAUCGUGGACAACUCGAUUUCUCACAUACCUCUACUUGCCUGCAUUCAAUCUAUGGCUGCUCUUGUGCCCCAAUACCCUGUCGUACGACUGGCAGACGAGCAGCAUCCCCUUAGUGGAGAGUGUCUGGGAAGGGAGAAACGUUGCCUCUCUGGCCUACCUACUUGGUCUCCUGGCGUUGACCACGAUCUCGAUCCGUCAGCAGGGCAUGGAGAGACGCCGUGUUGUUUUGUCCUUGUCCCUGAUGGUGUUUUCGUUCCUGCCCGCCUCCAACCUGUUCGUGACUGUCGGAUUUGUUGUCGCAGAAAGAGUCCUCUACAUACCCAGCUUAGGCUUCUGCUUGCUGGUGAGCCACGGCCUUCAGCGUCUGAUGCAGAGAGGACCGGUUAUCGCCUCCAUCUGCCGCGCAGGAGCAUUACUGCUCAUCGUGUUCUUCGUACUAAAAACCAUGGCAAGGAACAAUGUCUGGAGCAAUAGGGAGGCACUAGUCAGGUCGGGCCUGGAGUCAGUUUCCCACAACGCCAAAGCUCACUACAACUAUGCCAACUAUAAGAAGGACGUAGGUGACAAGUUCCAGGCCAUCGAGCACUACCGUAUAGCACUGAGAUUGUGGCCCAAUUACUACACAGCUCAUAACAAUCUUGGAACUCUCCUGGAAGAUGGGGAAGAGCACUUCCGAAAGGCCAUCGCCAUCAAUCCUUACUACGCCAAAGCGUACUACAAUCUCGCCAGCCUCUAUAUGAAGCGUGGGCGAGAAGACGUGGCAGAAAGUUACUUUCUGAGAGCUAUCCAGCUGGAUCCCGAAUUCGUGCCAGCCAUCUCAUCCCUCGCGUCCCUGUAUGCCGGGGCUGCGGGGAGGCUGCAAGAUGCGGAAAGACUCUACGUUUGGGCCAUACAUCUAGAUCCAGAGGACGCGGAUGUCCUCAACAAUUAUGGAUUCUUUCUCGAAACGCAUGGUCGCUCGAGUGAAGCCAUGAUGCAAUACGAGCGCGCCAUUAGCGCACAACCGAACCACACGGUAGCGAUCAUCAACGCAGCGCGAUCCCUCAGAACACCGGAGCAUAGCAGGAGGGCGGAGGAGCUCUACAAAAGGGCUCUGUUCAUCGAAGAAGACCCUCAGGUGAUGGACAAUCUGGGUAUGCUCUACUUGGUGUCCGGCAGGCAUCAGGAAGGUCGAGCUCUUUACCAAUAUCUUCUCAGAAAAUAUCCGAACAGGAAUGAUACCAAAUUGCAUUACGCUCAACUUUUGAUCCAAGAGCGCAGUUUCGAUCAGGCAGAGAGACUGCUACUAUCCAUCUGCAAUUCUCCAAUCGCUCGCGACAGCUACCUGCACCUGGCAAUUCUCUAUAACAGAACAAACAGGACAGCAGAGGCACUAGAUACUAUUUUAAGGGCCCUCAGUCUUUGUUCUACAGUAGAGCCUAGUUGUGCUAAGUACCAUGAAGAACAUGGGGACAUUUUAAAGGACAUGGACGAUUUCGAUGCUGCAGAAGAAAGCUACAAACUAGCUUUGAAUCUGGAUCCAAAACUUGCAAAAACUCAUCAGAAUUUAGCAGUUAUAUACCAUAUAAAAGGUAACUACACAUCGGCGGAGUAUCACUACAAAGAAGCUUACAAGCUGGACUCCUCUCCCCAGGUCCUGCUAGACAACAUGCGAAAACUGCAACGCCGGCUCUUCGACUUGCAGGAGAAAACUUGCUGGAGGACAGAGGUCACGUGCAGCGAUGAUUCCUCUGUGGUCUUGUGAAGGACAAUGUCCAUAUAACGCCUUCAUUGUUUCUUCAAUCUCCGUUCCGACGGAUUCGUACCUGGGACACUUUCAGUUUCAAAAAGCGGGCUCUGCUCAAAUGACGCGCUCGGGGAAUGAGACCAGAACGAAUGCAUUUGGGACAUUCUCCCUCUGGCCAGUUUCCGAAAUUUAAUACUAUAUCGGUGCCAAGUCAACGUAAUUACUCUCCCUCGUCUCAUUUUUUUCCAUUAUCGCAUACAAAUGCUCACGAAAAUAUCCCCAUGCUGUCAACCUUAUGAUGGGUUUAGAUCAAUAUUUGAUUAACACCAGAAAAUGUGGUCAUAAUCAGUGUGUGGUCAGCUCGUUGCAUUUUUGAGCUAUCAUGUUCACAUGCACACGGACGGGAUGCUUCCUUUUGAUGGAUUUCGCUCAAAAUAUAAUAAAAUCUACGCGAAGUCUUCAUGCAAGAUCCCAUCCUUCUAACUAGCUGCAUUUCGAAAUUAACAUAUUUAUAAAAAGACAUAACUAUGCUGGUUUGUUUUUUCUUUUGGAAGUAAGGAAAUC